AACUCCACCGGCCGCUUGUCGCCGUUCUCCGCCUUGUGGCAUGCCCGCAUUGCCUUCCGGCUUCCGGUCUUCCCCCCUUGGCCGCGUCUCUCCUCUUCUGGCGGCCGUCGUCGGCUUCCCUCCACUUCGCCUUCCCCGGAGACUCUCGACGGGCGACGCCGUAAACAGCUCAAGGAUCGAUCAGCUUCUAUUCCAACCCAAUCGCAAGCUUUUGGGGGCCAUAUAACCAGCAGAGAUGGCCGAAUCCUUUGUCCUCAACACCGGCGCAAGAAUACCGUCGGUUGGCCUCGGCAUGGCGAAAACAGAGCCCGGGACCGUCGGGGAGGCCGUCUACGCCGCCGUCAAGGCUGGAUAUCGGCAUAUUGAUUGUGCUCCAGCGUACCGCAAUGAGAAGGAGAUUGGUCUGGCUCUGAAGAAACUGUUUGAGGACUCUGUGGUUAAGCGUGAAGAUUUGUUUAUCUCUUCUAAGUUGUGGUCUGGUAAUCAUGCCCCAGAAGAUGUGCCAGAGGGCAUUGACACUACUCUUGAAGAUUUGCAACUGGAGUACUUAGACCUGUUCCUUAUCCACGCUCCGGUCCGAACUAAUAAAGGAGCUAUCCGAACCGCUGAAAACUAUAUUCCUCUUGAUGUCCCUGCUACAUGGGGGGCGAUGGAGAAGUUAUACGACUCCGGCAAGGCUCGUGCAAUCGGCGUGAGCAACUUUUCUUGCAAGAGGAUGGAGGAUUUGCUUGCCAUUGCUAGAGUAACUCCUGCUGUUAACCAGGUUGAGUCCCAUCCAGGUUGGCAGCAAAUGAAACUCCGCGAACUUUGCCGGUCAAAGGGUGUUCAUCUUUCUGCAUAUUCACCCUUAGGUAGACCUGGAUCACCUGCGUUCACGGGUCCAAGCUUUCUUAGCAACCCUAUUGUCGUCUCUAUUGCCGAGAAGUUGCAACGAAGUCCUGCACAGGUUGCUCUACGCUGGGGUCUUCAAGUGGGUCAGAGUGUCCUUCCAAAAAGCAUCAAUGAAACAAGGAUAAAGGAGAACUUUAACAUAUUUGACUGGUCUAUUCCUGAAGAUUUGAUGUCAAAGUUCUCUGAAAUCCCGCAGAUUAAGACUCUAAGAGCUGAAUUUGUAGUUCACCCCCAAGGUAUUUACAAAACCGUGGAGGAUUUUUGGGAUGGUGAAAUCUGAAGUGUAUGAAGUUCUGAUGAAGGAUGGCAUUAUAUCAUGCUAGCGUACUUCUUGUCAUUGGUUGUAGGGCACCGCUAGGCAUCAGACUACGGAUGUUUGGCUCCCUGUCAGACCAGUCCUUGUCCGUUCGAUCCAAAGCACGGUAGACGUCCGAUAUACUGGAAAUUUUGCUGCUAGUGCAUAACGAGUUUCGUCGAUCAAGGAAGCAUAAUGUAUGACAUUGAGCAUCUUCCGCACACCAAUAUUUGCUUCCAUCUUCGUUUGUAAUAUUUGCUCCAUAUAAAACUAUCUCCUAGUAUCAAAUAUUUUCUGUCAGAAGCAUUGUUCCACGGACUAGAGAUUUCAUGAACCAAACAGUGAUUUGCUUCCAUCAAAAAGAAAAAUUAUUUAGACCAGUUUCAAAAGCAUCAAUCUCUUGUUUCCAUCAACUAUAAAAUUGCUUCCAACCAAAGUAGUAACAAAAUUGCAAACGAAACGAUCUUUUCGUAUACAGAUUUUUUCUACUUCACAAACCAUGUGGCAGCAGGACAUGUAUGAUGAUGCAUUGAAACAGACUAAUACUUUGUGAACACAAAUUUACAAAUUCAUUUACAACAAUAGUAAAAUACUAUUACAACAAUAAUUUCAUUUUGUUGUAGUCGUCAUAGCGGAGGGCGACAAUCCGAUCAUGACAAUGUCAGCGUUUGCCAUGAGCUCUGCAUCGCUCGUCGUAGAACCGACAACUUAGAGCCCGGUUGGUCUAGUAAUCAACACACAUUGCAUCAUUAUUGGGAAUCUGUACAACUGAAGCAUUCAGUGAGAAAGAAGGAAGCACAAAAUUUAGUAGCUUGUACAAAAAUC